CAUCCGAACAGCGCGGCGACGCCGUCGGGCUCGGACCCCGGCCCGCGCUGUGCGGGCGCCCGGGCGGCGGCAGGAGGGACGGGCGGGGGGCAGCGCUCGGCCCGGCGGUUGCCACGGGCUCGGCCGGCGCGGGCCCAGUUGCUAGGUCUCCAUCUUGAGGCGGCGGCGGGGCGCCCCGGAAGGGGUUGCGGAGCGGGGCAUUCACUUCCGGCCGGGGGCCUGCGGCGGCGGCAGCAGCUGCGGCGGCGGCAGCGGCGGGUCGGUGUAGAAAAUGGCGCUGGCGCGGCCGCUCGGGCCUGUCCCCGCGGCGCUGCGCAGGGCCUGAGGCUCGCGGCCUCGCUCGCCCGCCCCACUCGCUCGUGCACUUUACACAUGAGAGAAUUGGAAGCUAAAGCGACCAAAGACGUAGAGAGGACUCUUAGCAGGGAUUUAGUGCAAGAAGAAGAACAGUUGAUGGAAGAAAAGAAAAAGAAAAAAGACGACAAGAAAAAGAAGGAAGCUGCUCAAAAGAAGCACGUCAAAACCUGGACUGAUUCUGGCUCUCCGGGGAGAAAGAUAAUGUUUGGUGUGUCUUCAAUAUUAAGGACUCCCAUACAAUUGGUCUUAACCACGGUAAGGAAUCUGUAUAGUGCCAGAGCCCCCUCCCUCUGUGUCACAGACAGGGGAAGUAGGGUUAGUGUUGGCAUGGAAAGCAAGGCUCAUGUCCAUGCCACUGAACAAAAAAUCAAAGUGCCAGAACAGAUAAAGCCCAGUGUAAGCCAGCCUCAGCCUGCCAACUCUAAUAACGGCACUUCCACAGCAACCAGCACUAAUAAUAAUGCCAAACGAGCCACAGCCAACAAUCAGCAGCAGCCGCAGCCGCCACAGCAGCAGCCACAGCAGCCACAGCCACAGCAGCCGCAGCCACCACAGGCCUUGCCUCGGUAUCCUCGUGAAGUACCACCACGAUUCCGCCACCAGGAACAUAAGCAGCUUCUAAAGAGGGGUCAGCAUUUUCCUGUCAUAGCAGCAAACCUGGGAUCUGCUGUUAAAGUGUUAAGCAGCCAGUCAGAAAGCAGUGCUUUAACAAACCAACAGCCACAAAAUAACGGAGAGGUGCAGAACAGCAAAAACCAGUCAGAUACUAACCUCAACGCUUCCGAAUCUCAUUAUGAAAAUUCACAGCGGGGACCUGUGUCAUCUUCGAGCAACUCCAACACAGACUCUAAGGAUGCUGUUGUAAACAACUCCCCUGAGAAAGAAGCAUGGCCCUUGGUCCCUGGCAGUGAUCCAGAGUUGGCUUCAGAAUGCAUGGAUGCUGAUUCUGCCUCCAGUUCUGAAUCAGAAAGAAACAUCACUAUCAUGGCUUCAGGGAGCACAGGUGGUGAGAAAGAUGUCCUUCGAAACAGCACUGGACUUGGUUCCCAAAACAAGUUUGUGGUUGGCGGCAGCAGCAAUAGUUUGGGUCGUGGAAGUAGUACUGGGCCCUGGGGCUUCUCCCAUGGAGCCGUGAUAAGCACAUGUCAGGUCUCUGUGGAUGCUCCUGAAAGCAAAUCAGAAAGUAGCAACAAUAGAGUGAAUGCUUGGGGCACUGUAAGCUCUUCAUCAAAUGGAGGGGUAAAUCCAAGCACUUUGACUUCAGCUAGCAACCAUGGUGCCUGGCCAGUAUUAGAGAACAACGGACUUGCCCUAAAAGGGCCUGUGGGGAGUAGUAGUCCUGGCAUCAGUAUUCAGUGCAGUACCAUAGGCCAGAUGCCUAACAAUCAGAGUAUUAACUCUAAAGUGGGUGGUUCUUCUACCCAUGGUACCUGGGGAAGCCUUCAGGAAACUUGUGAAUCUGAAGUAAGUGGUACACAGAAGAUUUCAUUCAGUGGUCAACCUCAGAAUAUCACCACUGAAAUGGCUGGACCAAAUAACACUACUAACUUUAUGACCUCUAGUUUACCAAACUCCGGUUCAGUACAGAAUAAUGAGCUGCCCAGUAACGCGGGGGCCUGGCGUGUGAGCACAAUGAAUCAUCCUCAGAUACAGGUUCCAUCGGUUAUGAAUGGCACUUCCCUUCCUCACCUUAGCAACGGGGAGUCAAAAAGUGCAGGCUCUUAUGGUACUACCUGGGGUGCCUAUGGUUCUAACUACUCUGGAGACAAAUGUGCAAGCCCCGACAGCCAGGCUGAUGGUGACACUGUGAACACAACUCUGAUGCAGCCUGGCAUGAAUGGGCCUGUGGGCACGAACUUUUCAGGCAACGCAAAUAAAGGAGGAGGCCUCUGGGAGUCUGGGCCCACAAAUUCCCAGGGUGCAUCCUGGGGAAGUGGAAAUGGUGCAAACUUGGGAGGAAGUCGAAGAGGAUGGGGAACUCCUGCACAGAACACUGGCACUAAUGUACCCAGCGUGGAGUGGAGCAAACUGCCUGGCAAUCAGCAUUCCAGUGACAGUGCAAACGGCAAUGGUAAGAAGUUUACAAAUGGAUGGAAUUCUACUGAGGAAGAGGAUCAGGGUUCUGCCACAUCUCAGACAAAUGAGCAAAACAGCAUGUGGGCCAAAACAGGAGGUACAGUGGACAGCGAAGGUAGCACAGAGAGCACUGGACGCCUCGAAGAAAAAGUAACUGGGGAGACUCAGAGUAGAGACAGAAGAAGAAUUGAUCAGCACACAUUACUCCAAAGCAUUGUUAACAGAACUGACUUAGAUCCACGUGUCCUCUCCAACUCUGGUUGGGGACAGACUCCUAUUAAGCAGAAUACUGCCUGGGAUACUGAGACAUCACCUAGAGGGGAAAGAAAGACUGACAAUGGGACGGAGGCUUGGGGGAGCUCUGCAACACAGACUUUUAACUCAGGGGCGUGUAUAGACAAGACUAGCCCUAACAGUAAUGAUACCUCAUCUAUAUCGGGGUGGGGAGAUCCCAAGCCUAUUCUGAGGUGGGGAGAUUCCAAAGGCUCAAGCUGCCAGGGGGGAUGGGAAGAUGAUUCUGCUGCUACAGGAAUGAUCAAGAGCAAUCAGUGGGGGCAUUGCAAAGAAGAGAAGCCCAUGUGGAAUGAUUCACAAAAGAACAAACAGGGCUGGGGUGAUGGACAGAAGUCAAACCAAGGGUGGUCUGUUUCUGCCAGUGAUAACUGGGGAGACACGUCAAGGAGUAACCAUUGGGGUGAAGCUAAUAAAAAAUCUAGCUCAGGAGGUAGUGACAGUGACAGGUCUGUUUCUGGUUGGAAUGAACUUGGUAAAACUAGUUCUUUUACGUGGGGAAAUAAUAUAAAUCCAAAUAAUUCAUCAGGAUGGGAUGAAUCUUCUAAACCUAACUCUUCCCAGGGGUGGGGAGAUCCUCCAAAGCCUAGUCAGUCGCUGGGUUGGGGAGAUUCAGCAAAGCCAAUCAGCUCUCCAGACUGGAACAAGCAACCAGACAUGGUUGGGUCUUGGGGAGUCCCUCCGGCUCCAGGCAAACCCUCCGGUACAGGCUGGCUGGGAGGACCGAUUCCAGCCCCAGCCAAAGAAGAAGAACCCACAGGCUGGGAGGAACCAUCCCCGGAGUCCAUACGGCGCAAAAUGGACAUUGAUGACGGAACCUCAGCUUGGGGGGAUCCCAGCAAAUACAACUAUAAGAAUGUGAACAUGUGGAACAAAAAUGUCCCAAAUGGCGGCAGCCGCUCAGACCAGCAAGCACAGGUGCACCAACUGCUGCCAUCUGCAAGUGCCAUCUCAACCCCAGAGGCAGGCGGUGGUUCCGGCUGGGGUGAGCCCUGGGGGGAGCCUUCUACUCCAGCCACAACUGUGGAUAAUGGUACUUCCGCGUGGGGGAAACCCAUAGACAGUGGUCCCAGCUGGGGGGAACCCAUCGCUGUGGCAUCCAACACGUCCACGUGGGGCUCCAGCUCUGUUGGUCCACAAGCGAUAAGCAAAUCUGGACCAAAAUCUAUGCAAGAUGGCUGGUGUGGUGAUGAUAUGCCAUUGCCUGGAAAUCGCCCCACUGGCUGGGAAGAGGAAGAGGACGUGGAGAUUGGAAUGUGGAAUAGUAAUUCAUCUCAAGAGCUUAACUCGUCUUUAAAUUGGCCACCAUAUACAAAGAAAAUGUCAUCGAAGGGUCUGAGUGGCAAAAAAAGGAGAAGGGAAAGGGGAAUGAUGAAGGGUGGAAACAAACAAGAAGAAGCAUGGAUAAAUCCAUUUGUUAAACAGUUUUCAAAUAUCAGUUUUUCGAGAGACUCACCAGAAGAAAAUGUGCAGAGCAAUAAGAUGGACCUUCCUGGAGGAAUGUUACAAGACAAACGAAUGGAGAUAGAUAAACAUAGCCUAAAUAUUGGUGAUUACAAUCGAACGGUCGGGAAAGGCCCUGGUUCUCGGCCUCAGAUGCCCAAAGAGUCUUCCAUGGAGCGCAGCCCUUAUUUUGAUAAGAAUGGCAAUCCCAGUAUGUUUGGUGUUGGAAACACAGCAGCACAACCCCGGGGCCUGCAGCAGCCUCCAGCACAACCUCUCAGUUCAUCUCAGCCUAAUCUCCGUGCUCAAGUGCCUCCUCCAUUACUCUCCCCUCAGGUUCCAGUUUCAUUGCUGAAGUAUGCACCAAACAACGGUGGCCUGAAUCCGCUCUUUGGCCCUCAACAGGUAGCCAUGCUGAACCAGCUCUCCCAACUCAACCAGCUUUCUCAGAUCUCCCAGUUACAGCGGUUUUUAGCACAGCAGCAAAGGACGCAGAGUCAGAGAAGCGUGCCUUCUGGGAACCGGCAGCAGCAAGACCAGCAGGGUCGACCUCUUAGUGUGCAGCAGCAGAUGAUGCAACAGUCUCGCCAACUUGAUCCAAACCUGUUGGUGAAGCAGCAGACGCCACCAUCUCAGCAGCAGUCACUCCAUCAGCCAGCCAUGAAAUCUUUCCUUGAAAAUGUCCUGCCCCACACUACAUCUGAGCUGCAAAAAGGGCCAUCUCCAGUAAAUGCUUUCAGCAACUUCCCUAUAGGCUUGAACUCAAACUUGAAUGUAAAUAUGGAUAUGAACAGUAUUAAAGAGCCACAGUCAAGACUAAGGAAGUGGACUACAGUGGACAGCAUUUCUGUGAACACAUCUUUGGAUCAAAACUCCAGCAAACAUGGUGCUAUUUCAAGUGGUUUCAGGCUGGAAGAGUCUCCGUUUGUUCCUUAUGACUUCAUGAACAGCAGUACUUCGCCAGCCAGCCCUCCAGGCUCAGUGGGAGAUGGCUGGCCACGUGCCAAAUCGCCCAAUGGCUCUAGCAGUGUUAACUGGCCACCAGAAUUUCGCCCUGGUGAACCAUGGAAAGGUUAUCCAAACAUUGACCCAGAAACUGACCCUUACGUCACUCCUGGCAGUGUCAUCAACAAUCUUUCAAUUAACACUGUGCGGGAAGUUGACCACCUCAGGGACAGGAACAGUGGGUCAUCCUCAUCCUUGAACACCACGCUGCCUUCAACUAGUGCCUGGUCAUCCAUUCGUGCCUCCAACUACAACGUUCCCCUCAGCAGUACAGCACAAAGCACUUCAGCCAGAAGUAGUGAUUCCAAAUUGACGUGGUCUCCGGGGUCAGUCACAAACACCUCUCUGGCCCAUGAGCUGUGGAAGGUCCCUUUGCCACCUAAAAACAUCACUGCUCCAUCCCGUCCACCUCCGGGGCUCACUGGCCAGAAGCCUCCCUUGUCUACGUGGGAUAAUUCUCCUCUUCGUGUAGGUGGAGGAUGGGGAAAUUCUGACGCCAGGUAUACCCCAGGGUCCAGCUGGGGUGAGAGCAGCUCAGGGAGAAUAACAAAUUGGCUUGUUCUAAAAAACCUCACACCUCAGAUCGACGGCUCGACUCUGCGCACCCUGUGCAUGCAGCAUGGCCCCCUGAUAACAUUCCACCUGAACCUCCCGCACGGAAACGCUUUGGUCCGCUACAGCUCGAAGGAAGAGGUAGUGAAGGCACAGAAGUCUCUGCACAUGUGUGUGCUGGGGAACACUACUAUUCUCGCUGAGUUUGCCAGUGAAGAGGAGAUCAGUCGUUUCUUUGCACAAAGUCAGUCUCUGACCCCUUCCCCUGGCUGGCAGUCCCUCGGGUCCAGCCAGAACCGGCUGGGCUCCCUCGACUGUUCCCACCCGUUCUCCAGCCGGACUGAUCUCAGUCACUGGAAUGGUGCUGGGCUGGCGGGGACUAACUGUGGAGACCUCCAUGGCACUUCCCUUUGGGGGACCCCCCACUAUUCCACAAGCCUGUGGGGCCCUCCAAGCAGCAGUGACCCCCGAGGAAUGAGCAGCCCCUCCCCCAUCAAUGCUUUUCUUUCUGUUGACCACCUCGGCGGGGGUGGAGAGUCCAUGUGACAGGUAGAGGUAGACUCGUGACCUCGACCUCAAGACGCAAAGGAAAGGGGCACUAAAAGCUGAGCUCGCCGCCUGCAGCGGGGCGCCUGUGGGAACAGCUCUUCUGCACAUUUUCCACUUUGUUUUCCCCGAAACAUAUCAGUUGAAUACUUGAAUCAUGCAGGCCAAUACUAUAAUGUGAAGGUGUCUCGUUACACUCCCACUGGCGCCAUACGUGCUGACCGCGUAGUGAGCUCACCUGUGCGAACUCAUCAUGUUUAGCCUUUGGGUUCUUUUUUUUUUCUUCUUUCUAUUCCCACACCCCCACCCUUACCAUUUUUUUUUCCAAAACCAUUGUUUGGGCUGAUAACAUAUGAGCUUUUACCUUUGCACUGAAUGAUGUUCUCUCCGUCUAAUCGGCAAUAUGGGGGGGCAGCUGUUCCGUGUGAUGUUUACUCAAGGAUGUCCUUAAGGUGUGCGCUCUCUACUAUGCCUUGAUGUCCGCUACCUUACUGUGUGUCGUGGAGUUGGAGAUCACGUUAUGAUGCUGACUUAGGACGAUAAAUGAAAGUGUUGCACCGUUUCUUCAUGUUCUAAAACUAAAGAAUUUCGCUCUGCAGUUUGAAAAACUGUGGCCACAGCUGUGACUUGCAGCCCGCCUGCACCAGGGGCCCUGCACUUUGAACGGGCUUUCCAUUUUCUUUUGAAGGCUCUCACGUUGACCUUCUUGUUUACAGAUUUUUUUGUUUGUUUUUUGAGAAAAAAAAUGUUUACUCUUCCAUCAUUAAAAAAAAAAAAAAGUAAAAGACAAAAAAAAAAGAAAAAAAAGGAGGAUUUAAAAGAUGCUUUCUAUCUCUGGGAAAGGAGCAGCAUUUGGCCAUGUUCUUGUUUUCUAUUCCUGUCCUAAAUCAAAGAGCAUGGUUCUCAGGAAAACCGGGUCCCCAGUCAAACAAAAACAAAACCUUGUAGUUUCUUAUAGGAAAAAAGGAAACCCCAAGUUUUAGCACUGAUACUAUGUAUUGCUCUGUUAAAGAAUUUUCUCUGCCAAAAAAAAAAGAAAAACAAAAAAACGCUUCAAGCUGGAGUUUGACGUUCUGCUUCAGAUGCCGUCUUUUUAUUAGUGUGAUGAUGGUUUGCUAAUGAUCAGUAGGGAAUCAUUUUUGUAAUUCCAUCAAGUGGCUCUGUUCCUGCUGUCGUGACUGUGUUAUGUCUAAUGUUGUACCUUAAAGCCGAAAUCAGUAACUAUGCAUCCUGUAAGCACGGUUUGGGGCUUACAGAGUCGUUCAUUGUAGAAAGGAAAUUUUAAAUGUUGUUGCAAACUAACGAGUUACACCAUUUUUACACUUUCUUUCUCUCCUCCCCCCUUUUUUUGCCCACAAAUGGUAUUAUAAUGCUUGCUUAGUCACAGGAGAGACUAAACAAGGGUAAAAAUUUUAACAGAGAAUUUGCCAUCAUUUCAUUGCCUUGAUUCUAACUGUUUGUGUCCUAUGAUGCAAAAGAAGUCAGUGGCUUUUAACUGUUUACAAAUAGAAUGUGAUUGUAAAUGUACAGUUUGGUUGUGUUUAAUUAUGAAAUUUCUUCAGAUAUAAUAAACCAUGACUUUUUGGCUGCUCAACAUCAACUGUCUCUUUUUUGUGAAUUUAUUUGUACGCUCUUUUUUAUAAUGAAAGUUUUCAAGUUGCUAUGUAUGAGGGUUCUCAUAGAGCAACCGAUUAAAAAUAUAAGCAAAUAUUGGAACAUUUUAACUGAACUUAUCCACAAUCUCACCCUGAAACAAUGUGAGAACAACGGGAGACGUAGCUGACUCCCGCCUGCCCUCCGCGCCUGUGGGACCUGCUGCUCAGCGCUCCUGUGACUCAUCUUCCCCGCCAUCCGUGCCCAUCGCAGGCCCAGCAGACACGCGGAGCAGGAGGCCCCUGCCCGGAGUGUCUGGUGUGAGCUCAGACCUCUUCCCGCCCCGCGGCCUCCGGCCGGCUGUGCUCGCUGCGCCGGGCUUCGCCGCGGCCACUCGCCGGGUGUAAGCCGUGUUCCGUGCAUUCGAUGUGUAUUGACUUCCACACUGGUUUUUCCAAAAACCAAAGGUAGCUUCGAAAAACCACGUCUGGAAAUGUUUGGGACGUCACGCUAACUGACCUUUGGGGCUUUGAGUAGUACAUAAUUGACUUCAUAACUGCGUUAAUUGUAUCGUCCAAGUGUUUGGGAGUUUUUUGCGCUUGUUAUGUGGAAAUAAAGUGUUUGAUUAAAAAAUGA